CUAAAGCGAAGUGUCAGUAUUUUUUCUCAAUAGCGUAUUCUUUUGCUAGUAUAAAUUUCUUUGGUGAUAAGGAAUGAAAAACAUAACAAUUUAAUAAAUCUCAGUGAAUUUAGUAGAUUAGACGAUGUUAAUAUCAAAAGAGUUAUAAUUAUUGUGAAUUUGGAACAACAAAAUAGUUGUAAUAAAAAAUCUUUAGUUAUAUAUAUAGUUAGAUAUGCAAGGAAGAGGCGGAGUUGCAGAAAUCCAAAAUUCCGUUCAUUUCUUUAAGCGGAAUUCUGCACAAUCCAAAAGUUCCAGCGAGUUACAACCAGAAACCCUUUAUAGUUCAAAAGAAUUACAGCAAUCUGCGUCUUUAUUUCGGGAGAGAAAAUCCCAGGAUAGUAUAAACAUUUGUGUAAUAAGUGGUGAUGACGAGAUAAAUCAUAUUAAAAUAAGUGAUACAGAAAGUGAAUUUGCUGGAUUUGAGUCAAAGCGUUUGAAUAUGAAGGAAUGCGACUUUCAGCAAAAAAAACAUUCGUCCCUGAAAUCCAUUUAUGAUAUUGAAUCAAUGGAACUAGAUUUUGGGCUAAAUCCCGUGCCUGAUAAACAUAAAAAAAUAAUAAAUUCGAAAGAAGUGGAUGAUCACCCUGUGAAUGAAAUUGUUGAAAUCUGCUCAAAGUCCACAACUAGUUCGGAGGCAUAUAAGAGACAGAAAAUUAAUUCCAACCUUCAAUUGCGUUUACGUUUAAAUCAGCAAACUGUGAAUAGCAACAGCAACAAAAACAAGUGUUCUACUGAAACCACCAGCGAUUUUCCAGUUAGUUCUCCUUCGAAUCCACGAAAACGGACUGCUCUGCAAAAAAGUACUUUGUCAGGAGACGUUUUUGAGCGUAACCUGGCAUUAUUAACAACGCAAAAACCACAAAUGUCUUUGGACGAAAAAAUUAACGCUUGGAAAUGUGAUAUUGAUUUCAGUGAGGUCGAAGAUGUGGAUAGUUUUGAUGAUCUUUUCAGAGAACAUGAGGAAUUACAAAAAAGAGUUAUACAAGGCAAGAAAAAUAGGAAUGGCGCUUUCAACAGCACACAGUAUGAUUUUAAUGUAUUUCGAAAUGAUAUCCUGCCUAGGAUUACAACAACGACUCCUUUAAUAGCAAAAGAUGAGAAAACUAAACCUUCUACUACUGGGACGUUUUCGGCACAACGUCGUAUACGAGCAGCUCUCGAAUUUGAGUGCAAAAAGCGUCCACAACAACACAUGUUAAGAGGAAGAAAUACUACCCCUACAUUUACAUCCUCUUCUGAAAAUGAUUUGCUUUUAUGUCUUACUUCCAAACAAAAAUUCAACAGCAAUCAACAAAAGCUACACCCUAGAAGUUCGGAGCAUGGUAAUAAGGUUCUGAAUGGAGAGUCUCCGUGUGAUAUUUUAGAAUCAAGAGAUGCCACAUGUCGCCAUUCCCAAAUGGCAAUAGACGGAUAUCCGUCGCUUGUAUCUCGUCAAUUUCGGUCAUCUGCAAAUGAGGAAUCAGUUUUUAAGUUACGCCGCCUGAAUAAGGAAAUUGGUAAAUUCAAUGAAAAGAAUAAGACAAAUUCUCGAGGUCUUAUUCAAAUGCGUUUGGAUUUUGCAAUACAAAAUAAAAGUCAACAACUCUACGAAAGAAGGAGUCAAUUGUUUAAAACGCCUACAUUGCCACAAAAACACAUGCCGCUACCCGUCCCCACCCACUUACCGACGCCGAACUCAGCUGCCUUAAACGUUUCGAUAUUAAUGUCAAAGAACACGCAUAGCUUUAAUCCUAGUAAUAUGGAUAAAAACACAGAGUGUCCGCUUCACCAAUCAGAAGAUAAUGAGUUACAAACAGAAAUAAUAUCUACAUCGCCACAUGAAGCUGAUCAGUCCUAUUCUACACUUUCCCCAGUUUCAAAAAACCGUAUAUCUACAAGUACAUGUCAUCAACAACAAGAGUUUUGCAAUUAUUUGGGAUUGACCGGCAUGUCCACUGCCAAUGCAGUAGCAAAUGCAGUAGCUGAAUUGGCCAAUUGUAAUUUAACUAGACGUUCUUUGCGUGUGCGCCGUUUGAAGCAACAAGAGAAAAGUGAAAAUAACCAAAAAAUUACAAAUUCAAAAGACAUUGUAUUAGACGAUAAGUAUGUAGAAACAACAAUGGGCGAAAGCUUAAAUGCAGCCGAAAUUAUUGAAAAGGAGAAAACUACGGAAACGUCAGCAAAUUUACGAAUUAAAGAGUCUCAGCCUCCACAAAAUCAAAAAUGCUCGUGUACCUUAGCAGAAGGGAAUGGAAAAAAUAUCACGGAACAAGAAAAUAUCAUUUGCAAUGUAUCCUCCAAAGCCCCCAAGAAAUUCAUAGAAGAAGAUGUUAUGCACAAAACGCUGCUACGCCAUUUGAAACAUAAUACAACAAAUUCAAAUGGUACUUCAACAUGUCCCCGCUCAUCGGUUAGUGAUAUUAUUUACGACUAUGAGAUUAAUAGCAAUCCCACACCAAAUGAAUCACAAAGAAACAAUAAUGUAUUAGACACUGAAUAUAGACCUUCACCAACACAAAACAGUGCUUGCUCAUCAUUUAAAUAUACCUUGACUUCGAAUAGUAUAGAACAUCAGAAUUCUAUUAAACGACAGUUACAUAACAAGUUCAAAAAAUAUUUAGAAGCCUCGCGUAAAAUGAAGCCAAGUAUUUACAUCGUGGACACUUUACAUAAUCCUGACCCGCGGCAAGGCUUCCAACACGAAAAUAAUCGUAUGGUGGACGUUGAAACUUUUUCUGCUGAGAAAAAAAUGCCAAAUAAUAAACUUUCACAUGAAACAGAUGUUGAAUGCAUUGAAAAAAUUGUUAAUGAUGCUAAAAUAAAUAAUAUCGAAUCAUCGGAUGCACAGAAACAAGAAAUGCCAUUACACUCAAAGCAAAAGAAAAAGGAUCGCCUUCGAAAAUUAUUGGCUGUCGCUACACCUUGGCAUAAGAUAAAAAAUCAUCGCCAACUUCGAAACCGUAAAAUAUUGUUGGUAAAAAGAAUUAAAACAGCACCUAAUAAAAUUAAAAAGAGUGCAAAACCCAGUGUUAGUAUUGUAAAAUCUGAGCAUUGCAGUAUAAUUUCAACAUCCAAAAGCAAUAUAUCUAAAACAAAGGGUCCCACAUCAGAAAAAGUAAAGAAUCAAGGUUAUAAAAAAAAAUACAAACGUGUUCAUAAAGGUAAGCUAACAAAUAAAGGCACACAAUCUCCACCCGACACGUCUACUGAAAGUCCAGAAUUGUAUUGCAUUUCAUCGCCGAUCCAAAAAGUCCAAACUACCUCGACUGGACGACGUCGACUUAGAUCAAAAUCGUUUCCAAUGCUUUCAUCAGUAGAUUUAGCAAACAGCAGGAAAAAUAAUACCAAAAUAAAUCCCCCAAUAUGCAACCUUGAUAAUGACACCGUUGUUGUUUCAUCAACAACCAAUAGUUAUGACGAGGCGACGUUACUGAAAUUAAAUAAAAUUGAUAGUCCUAGUCAAAUAUCACACGAGCUUAAAUCGGAUCAAAAUGAUAUGGCCUGUGUUAUUCGAACCAAAGAUAGUAGUACCCAAAGCGCUUUACCCUUGGGUAUUCAUUUUCUCAGUACACCCAGUCACCAAUUAAAUAAUCCUGUGAAACCGGUAAAUGGUGCAAUUGAUUAUAUAUAUUAUGAAAUGGAUGUGCUCAUUAUAGUUCAAGAAAGAACCGUUAGCUUUUGGAAGUCUUUUAAACUUAUUAACGUUUUAGCCAAAUCACAAAAUUGCGAAAAAUAUUCUCAUCGAAUAAAUAAUGAAGACAUGUAUCGACCACCCUAUUCUUCAGUUAGGGAUGAUACCUCACCGCAAUGGCUGCCUUUAGGAGAGUGUCGACGCCUUUCUGCCGAUAUGGAGAUUUUAACAUCAUACGCAAAUCGAAUUUGCAUACACAACUCUAUACCCAUUUACGUUGAAAUGCGUUGCCGAGAGAUACCGCAUGAGAGACGUGAUUGCAACCUUCUGUCAUUGUACAUUAAUAUAUACUAUUUCAAUGAUGAAGAUAUGGUUGCUAAAAUACAUUCAAUUCAACUUGAUGCCGUUCAGGGUUUACCUGCGGAUGUCGUGUACACCACAAUAACUGAUUCCCGAUACUUUAUUAUGUCUUGGCCACAGCAAAAUAUAUUAGGCAAACCACGAUCGGGUCUCUGCAAAUAUUCAUUAACACCAAAUCUCGAUACCUUGGCAAGCAUACGUGACUUCAAACAUAUUAAACAUUGUGUUCGUUAUCUAGAAUGUACCACAGAUGAUAAACUACUUGGCUUUGGAGAUACACAACUAACGAUAUGGGACCAUCGUAGUGGUGAUGUUUUAAUGAACUAUGACUUUAAUAUGAAGCUGGGUCGAAACUUAGGUUCUAUUUAUUAUCCUAGUCUAGAAAUCGGUCAAAACAGCGUCCUGUUAUUAUGUCAAUAUAAAACAAAAAUAAGCGAAAAUGAAUAUGAAGCAGCCGAACUGAUAUUUAUUGCUUGUAGUGUAUCACACACAAAUCCGUCACAUCGAGUUCUGAGACGUUUGAAAACACCUAGCAAAGCUUUUGAUGCAUUAGAAAACGCAAUAAACACUGGUGAGUACAUUGUCAUAACGGCAAAAAAUGACGAGGAAAUUUGGAUAAAUAACUCGGAUGCUACUACGAUAACAAAAGUACCGCCUCAAUAUACUAGACGAUUCUAUGCACGGGGAAGAUCACAAAUAAUAGAAUUAACAUGUAAAAGUCUUACAGUGGACUCGUUUUCAAAUCAUGUAUUAAAGUUAGCAGCGAAUCCAGCUGUUAAUGAAACAAAGUCUAAUAAGGAGGAGUAAUAUGGUGAUAUAUUUAAAAUAUUUGGGGCAUCUUUUUUAAGGUGAACUAAGCUGUAUAAUUUGAUUUUUAUGUUCAACUCCUUAAAAUAUAUUCUGGAAUAUGUA